AUGGCUAAAGCAAAGGUGCCAGCCGGGACAGCCGAAGCAAUUUACGCCCAGUUUCCCGGUCAUUCUAUUCUCUUGCCAUCCAAACUUCCACCACGGCCAUCCCUUUUCACCGAGAUCAAGUUCGGCGAGCCCCUAACCGAAGACAACGCCUUUCUGGCCCGUAGAUUCUGGGCAGAGCCUGAUAAUCAUCUGAGGGCUGCCUGGCAGAAUCACCGGAACCGACCUUAUGAACGUGCAGCCGACGAGCAGCGCGAUGCAGACCUGCAUGUGUUAGCUCACAAUGUCUACGAGCACCUGAUGAGCCAUCCAUUUAUUCCUGUAUCGCGCGAGGAUGCACAAGCCAAUUAUGCCAAGGAGGGCCUGGAUCAGGUCUACAACGGUAUACAGGGCUUGGAUUCGAUGCGGGAAAACGUCUUUGUGAAUGGCCGCAACGUCCAAGACGAGACGCAAUGGACGGUUGCAUUGCUGAGAAACGAACUGGAAGUAAGAGGUCUUACUACGACUGGAAAAAAGCAAGAUCUCCAAGAACGUCUCUGGCGGUAUGAAGUUGAUGAGCUUGUCGGGGUUGUGAGACAAAGCGACCUGUCCCGAUGGGGCAUCUCUCGUACAGCGCCGAUACUCUCACCCGCGACGAAUACCCAGUUGACGGCUCUUGACAUGUAUACCUCGGCCAUUUAUCUGAAUCCGUACAACCCCACCUACUGGACAAGCCGUGCGUACUGUUAUUAUCAACAAGGCUUUUUCGACUUAGCCAUUGGAGACGCCUAUCGCUCUGACCUCCUCUGCGAAGUUUUGACAACGGCCACUCAACGAAACAAGCGGCCCGGCUUUUAUACCAGGGUCUGGGAUGCUAUCCAAAUGCACAUGAUGGCAGGAUGCAGAAUUCAAAGGGUCGCGACUACACCAGAGGUGACUCGAAUGAGAAAGGCCAACGGCAUCAACUACUUCAUUCCAACGGUACUCAAUGCCAACACUAACAUCAUCAGUCUGUGUCUGGCAGCAAUGAACUGUUGGGAUGAUUUUGAACUUCUUUUGGAGCAACACGAGAGAAGGAACCUGCAAUUCCGCGAUAUGGAGAUUCCGAAGAAACGGAGUCAGGCGGUAGAGAUUGUCUUAACAACAAUGAAGCAUCGAAAAAUCAACCCCUCAGCGACUCACCCAACCCUUUAUGGGCAUGAAUGGAUGCAAGGAUGCAUUUCAGGUGCAGUGCGAUAUCCGUAUCAACAAACAGACGUGAACCGCCAAGCCGGUCGAUUCGUCGACUUGGUGAAUGCAAACGUUUUUACCUCGAGUACAGAUGCAAAAAUGCCUGCCCAUUUGUGCGAGGUGAGACCAGUUUUUGCAAAGGAUGGAAGCCCCAAUGGCUUGGGGGUCUUUGCUAGGGCGGCUAUCCCCGCAGGCACUCUGUUCCAUUACGAAGAGCCUGUCAUCCGUGGACAUCUCCACCCCAACAUACUGGAUGGAGAUAUGACAAAUCUGCCCUCCAACGACCCACGAUGUGAGAAUUGUAAAGCGCCGAUAGCUCGAGCCAAUGUUAAACAUAUCCAGGAUAAUUGGGGUUACAUACGAGGCCUUGUGCCGAAUCCAAACGGAGCAAACCAUCCUUUAAACUGCUGGUGUUUAAGCAUGGUACACGCAGAAACUACGGGCAUACGCAACGACAUGCUUGCACCGCUGUUCUGUCAUGAUAAUCACACAAAGCUACCUGGCACCUCUCGACGAUGCAAGGAGAUUGCUACUGAAUUAUAUGCGUUCGAAGAGUUCAAAGACAUUGAAUGGGGCUGGCUACAAGACAGCAUGCGAGCCAACAUCAAAUAUUGGGGAGGCAAGGACUAUUACACCGCACACCAUGAAGAGCAGGGAACAUUUCUGGGUCUACUGUUCAAGAGCGUGAUGGAACUCACGCUUCAUCGCCGUCAAGCUGAUCCCAACCUUAUGCCCCAUGAGAUCAAUGAGUUACUCAUUCUCCAAAGCGGAACCGAUGCCGGCGAGCCCUGGCAUGGAAGCUGGUUCCCAUUUACCAUGUCUGGCAAUAUCCGCGUGCCCUUUGAUAUCCUCCAAGCCCUUGGAGUGGACAUUUUCCGAGAUUUCUCAUUCGACACUUGGACCCUUCAGCUCGUGCUGCGGAAACUACUGAUCAACGCUGUACCUUGGAAUCCAGAUCGGCGAGGCAACAAGAAUACGUUCACAGAACACGAUGGUAUAAAAGAACUGCCAAGCCAACAAAGACAAGAUGAGACGAGAACUCUGGUUCACGCUUUCGAUUUCACCAAGCCAUCUAUCACAGAUCUCUACCUCUUCCCCGGACUAAGCAUGUUCAACCAUGCCUGUCGUAAAAGCGAGAAUGCAAGCUGGGGGUAUGACACCACGGUGCAAAACCGCGUCGUUGUCUUCGCAACUCAGGACAUCGCGGCCAACACAGAGAUUCGCAUCCCGUACCAGCAUAGAUAUUUCCCUGCUAUGUACCCAGGCCAAGCCCCGCACCACGCUAUGCGGCUGCUUGGAAAGGGUUGCAACUGCGACCAGUGCACAGCGACUGGUCCUGGCAGCAAGGCCGAUGCGGGCCGCCGGAGGGUUGCCGAGCGUAAGGCUGCCGACCAGGCAAAAGCGCGGGCAGAUUGGGCUGCAGCUAAACAUGGACAAGCUGGUGGAUCUGGUGCUGGUAGUGCUGGUGGUGUUGGCGGUGAUGCAGCGGCUGAUGCAGCGGCUGAUGCACCAGGUUACGGAGAUGAUGACGGUGAUGAUACGGGCGAUUAUAACCCAUCCAAAGACCCGACUUUUCGUCCGAAGGCCGCUCAGUAUAUUGCCCGUAACAAACCUUUGCAAAGCAGACGCGAUCGUAUGGCCAAAGGGGGCAGGAAUGAGAAACUUACAGAGUUGGUGGCUUCGAUUAAUGCGAAUCACCCUGAGUUUCAAAUUAAGCAAAAUUAUAACGAACCAGAAGAAGUGCCAUGGACUACGCGGGCAGCCAGAACUGUUGGUGAUGGUAGCAAUGAAGGUAACGAUGGUGGUGACGGUGACAUCGUUCUAAAGGAUGCUAGUUAG